AUGGCGUUCCACACGAGUGCAUUUGAUAGGACUAAGUGGGUGCAGGAGCAGCGAAGGGAGGUGAUUCCAGGCCAGCAGCAUUCCACGAGGCGAUUGCCUGGAGCUGGCAGCUCACGCACACACUACAUAGCAGCUGAGAGCAUCCUCAGAAGAGGGAGGGUCGAAGACGUCAUACAGCAGCAACAGUCCGACCUAGAUAUUGUGCUGGCAGAGCAGCCCCCGCAGUCCGGCACAUUCCGCAGUUGGCAGCUGCGGCCGCAGCAGCUGCGUGCGUGCGUGCUGUGCGUGGCACGCUCCGCUGGAGCCGCACGCGCCUGCGUGGCCGCCGACUCGCCGCAACGCAGCCGCGGCACGCGCCGGUAUGGCUGGCCGCAGCGGCACGCACAUCUGGCGCGAGUCGGCUCGGCCACUCCAGCCUCCUACCCUAGGGUGCGCAGUUGGUGGGAGUUCGGCGCGCUGGCAGCGGCCGUGGCUUGUGACUGCCGCCAGUGCGAGGUGCGAGCCGCGGACGUAACGAGCGGCAUCCGCCCCACGCCGCUCCUACCGUAUACGCGCGCCACACGCCGGAGGCAGGCGGGGCGCCAGUCCGCCGGGUCGCAGGCGCGGCAUAAUGGGAACGCCGGACACAUAGCUCGUCAGCCCCGGGGGUUUUUGAGAGCAUUCGCCACCUCCGCUGCACAGCAGACUAGCAGCUGGGGUGCGCCCGGCGCUGGGAUGGGGGGCGGCAGUGCGAGGGAGCUGACGCUGUGUCUGGCGGCGGGGGCGGGCGCGGCGGUGGCGUCGGGACGCUGCGAGGAGAUCCGCAUCCCCAUGUGCCGCGGCGUCGGCUACAACCUCACCUCGAUGCCCAACGAGCUCAACCACGACUCCCAGGAGGAGGCCGGGCUAGAGGUGCACCAGUUCUACCCGCUGGUGGAGAUCCGCUGCUCGGAGGACCUGCGGCUCUUCCUGUGCUCCGUGUACACGCCCAUCUGCCUGGAGGAGUACGAGCAGCCGCUGCCGCCGUGCCGCGGUCUGUGCGAGCGCGCGCGCGCCGGCUGCGAGCCCAUCAUGGCGCAGUACGGAUUCCCCUGGCCGGAGCGCAUGGCGUGCGAGCGGCUGCCCGUCGCGGCGCCCGCCUCCGAGAAGCUCUGCCUCGACCGCAACAGCAGCCGCGCCGCGCCGCCGGGCCACGACGCCGCCCCCGGCGCCGCCUCCACCGCCAGGCCGCCGCGGCGCGGCGCGGGCAGCGGCCAGCACGCAGACUGCCGGCCCGGCAAGAAGGGCUGCCGCGGGUCUGCGCCGCCCGACUGCUCCUGCCGCUGCCGGCCGCCGCUGCUGCAGCUGCAGCCCGGCUCUCCCUGGUUCAACGCCUCCGUCCAGGUGGCCGGCGUGCACGACUGCGCCAUGCCCUGCCGCGGCGUCUUCUUCACGCAGGAGGAGAAGGAGUUCGCGGCGGUGUGGAUCAGCCUGUGGUCGGGGCUGUGCUUCGUGUCGACGCUGAUGACGCUGACGACGUUCCUGAUCGAGCCGGAGCGCUUCCGCUACCCAGAGCGGCCGAUCGUCUUCCUGUCGGGCUGCUACUGCGUGGUGAGCGCCGGCUACCUGGCGCGCGCGCUGCUGGGGCCGGAGGCGGCGGCGUGCGACGGCCCGCUGCUGCGCCACGGACAGGCGUCGCCGCCCGGCCUCUGCGCGCUCGUCUUCCUGCUCAUCUACUUCUUCGGCAUGGCCUCCUCCAUCUGGUGGGUGGUGCUGUCGCUGACGUGGUUCCUGGCGGCGGGCCUGAAGUGGGGGAACGAGGCGAUCGCGGGCUACGCGCACUACUUCCACCUGGCGGCGUGGCUGGUGCCGACGCUCAAGUGCGUGGCAGCGCUGCUGCUGGCCGCCGUCGACGGCGACCCCGUGGCCGGCGUCUGCUCCGUCGGCAACCAGAACCCCGCGCACCUGCGCCUCUUCGUGCUCGGCCCGCUCGUGCUCUACCUGCUGGUGGGUACCUCGUUCCUGAUGGGCGGCUUCGUGUCGCUGUUCCGCAUCCGCAACGUGAUUAAGCAGCAAGCGUGCGGCGGCCGCAGCAAGGCGGACAAGCUGGAGAAGCUGAUGAUCCGCAUCGGCAUCUUCAGCGUGCUGUACACGGUGCCGGCGACGAUCGUGAUCGGCUGCUACCUGUACGAGAGCAGCUGGCACGCGGCGUGGACGCGGCCGCUCGCGUGCCCGUGCGCGCCGCGGUCGCCGCGCCCGCUCUACUCGGUGCUCAUGCUCAAGUACUUCAUGGCGCUCGCCGUCGGCAUCACGUCGGGCGUCUGGAUCUGGUCGGGCAAGACGCUCGACUCGUGGCGGCGCCUGUGGCGGCGCCUGUGCGGCGCGCCGCCGCUGCCCGCGCCGCCCCCGGCGCGCAAGCUGCCCGGCGCGCCGCCCCCGCACGCCGCCGCCCCCGCCGCCGCCGGUGCCGGCACGCCCGCGCCCGGCUCGACGCUUCUGGCGGCGCCGCACGUGGCCGUGGGCGGCGGCGCGGGCGGCGGGCCCCCGCAGCACCACCACGUGCUCAAGGCGGGGCCCCCGCCCGCCCCCGCCUCGCACGUAUGA